AUGAACUCGUUGUAUACCCUUGGUGUUCGUCAGACAAAUUCAAUACAAGCCGACUUAGAGCGUUUGAGGAAUGGUGACAAGUCAGCAGCCCUAUUAGGGCAGAUCUCAGCGUCCCUCGCGGCGAUGCACAGAACAGUGGACGACUAUGAUUCAAUGGCGAAACGGGAGAUCAUUAAAACGAAGCAAGAGAAAGCCGUCAUGCGAGUUCAGAAGUUCCGCGCAGAUUAUACGGAGCUACGCGCGCAGUUCGAGCAAAUUAAGGCAGAGAGCGAAGCUGCAGUUCGCUCCGAACUAUUAGCGUCUUCUUCCUCAGCCACUCCCUUAACACCAGCAACAGGAGAUACGCGCCGACGAUUUAUGCCUGGACAGCCACCAUCGUCCUCAGAGAUAUCAGAGUCUCCCUUCCGUGCAGGCGCUGUGCCCAUGUCAUCAAUGCGAGAACAACAUGCACUACAUGAGCAUACCUUCAUUCAAAAUACAGAAGCAAAACUCGACGACUUCAUUGCGCAGGGCAGAGCCGUUCUUGACGACCUGGUCGAUCAGCGGAAUGUGCUCAAAGGCACACAGCGACGUCUUUUGGAUGCUGCGAAUACAUUGGGUCUCAGUAGAGACGUCAUUGGAUGGAUCGAGCGGCGGAGUACUCAGGAUAUGUAUAUUUUCUUUGGCGGUGCGAUUCUCACUUUUGUCUGCUUCUAUCUCAUCUGGAGGUAUCUUGGCUGA